AUGUCUCGAAAACGAAAGCUCUCCGCGACUUCGAUCAACACCAUGGAGACGUCCAACGACUUAUUUAUGAACGAUGUAGAGGACGGGACUCGUGCGAAGGUCACCAGCACCGUCAAGGCUUUCUUCGAGACCAUCGCUGGAUCUGGCUCUAACCCGACCAAUCCUGUCAUCAAUGGCGCCACUAUCCAGUCACGGCCAUUUUUGGCCAGGAUCCUCGCCGAUAUUGCAUCCCAGGCACCUCGCUUGGGACAAAACAUUGGGCUGAUUAAUUCGUUGGUUGAUACGACACUGUUCGACGGCGGAAUUGUGGAUGACCGCAACUAUCAGAUGGAGAAGGUUCUUCAGCUGGCGGCUUCACUCCCUGCCAACUCGCAGGCGUUAGCCGACCUGUCAAGCCAGUUCAUCAAGCUACUUUGGGAGAAUCUCGAACAUCCUCCCUUGUCUUAUCAGGGUGACGAGUACAAGUAUCGGACCGCAGAUGGCUCGAACAACAACAUCAUGUAUCCCAACCUUGGUAAGGCUGGUUCUUUCUACGCACGUACAGUGACUCCCCAGACUCUUAAGCCUGGGGUACUUCCUGAUCCAGGAGUCAUCUUUGACGCUGUUUUUGCACGUGGUGACGAGCCACGAGAGCAUCCAAACCGAGUAUCCAGCAUGCUCUUUUACCUUGCCACGAUCAUCAUUCACGACUGCUUUCAUACGGACGAGCGAAAUCCGGCUGUUGUGAAGACAUCAUCAUAUCUCGAUUUGGCACCUCUCUACGGCAGUAACGAAGAAGAGUUGAAGAAGAUCAGAACCUUCAAAGAUGGUCUCUUGAAGCCUGAUACGUUUUCAGAAAAUCGAAUCCUGGGCUUUCCCCCGGGAGUCUCUGCUCUAGUAGUGUGCUUCAAUCGCUUCCACAACUACGUGGCAAUGCAGUUGAAGGUGAUCAACGAAGGCGGUCGGUUUAAGAUUCCAACCGAUGACAAUGAUACCAAAGCCAUCGCUAAGCUGGACAAUGACCUCUUCCAAACGGCUCGACUGGUCACAUGCGGCUUGUACGUCAAUAUCAUUCUCACCGACUAUGUACGAACAAUUCUCAACCUCAACCGCACCGACUCUACAUGGACUCUCGAUCCACGAAAGAAUUUCGGUAAUGUAUUCGACGAGUCUGGGGCACCCUCAGGUGUGGGCAAUCAAGUCAGCGUUGAGUUCAAUCUGGUCUACAGAUGGCACUCGGCUAUCAGUAUCAAGGACGAAAAGUGGACUAACGAGCUGUACCAGUCACUGUUUCCCGGAAAAGAUGUCGCAAAGCUGACUGAGCAAGAGCUCGUCAUGGGUCUGUACAGGUGGCUCGGGAAGGUCGACCCAGAUCCUUCGAAGUGGCAACUUGACAUGGGCAAAUAUCAGAGAACUGAACGUGGGACUUUCCGAGAUGAGGAUCUGAUCAACAUCCUGAGCGAUGCUACCGAAGAUGUCGCCUGUGCCUUUGGCCCACGGAACGUGCCAGUGGUCAUGAAAUUGAUUGAGACCUUGGGCAUGAAGCAAGCCAGAGCAUGGAAUGUCGCAACUCUGAAUGAAUUCAGAAAGUUUUUCAAGCUGGAGCCUCACAAGGAUUUUCGCAGCAUAACUAGAGACGACGAGGUUGCUCGCUCGUUGAAAGCACUCUAUGGUCAUCCCGACUAUGUUGAAUUGUAUCCAGGCCUGGUUGCCGAAGAUGCGAAGGAACCCUUGGAACCAGGCUCCGGCCUAUGUCCGGGCUACACCAUCUCGAGGACCAUCCUUGCUGAUGCUGUUGCUCUUACCCGAGGCGACAGGUUCUACACUGUGGACUAUACACCUGCGAAUUUGACAAACUGGGGAUGGUCCACCGUCAACUCUGACCCCACUGUAGCCCAAGGUGGCUGCAUCUACAAAUUGUUGAUGCGUGCUCUGCCAUUCUAUUAUCGCGGGAACUCUAUCUAUGCAAUGUACCCGUUCACUGUCCCAGAUGAGAAUCGGAAGAUCUUCGCCAAACUUGGUCAAGAGCAAACUUACAACUAUGAACGACCGUCCUAUAUCCCACCACCCAUAUCAAUCAGGUCAUGGAAAGCAGUCACCGAUGUACUAGGAGAUCAAUCUUCGUUCAAGGUACCAUGGGGACCCCACACAUACUAUCUCACACACCAUGACUACAUGCUCAGUGGUGACAAACCAGCGAACACCACCCAGCGAGACGAGGUCCAGAAAGAAAUGUAUAGUCCAGUCAACGGCUUGAAGCAAGUCCAAACCUACUAUGAAGAUCUAACCACCCAAUUGGUUGUGGCACGGUCUGAACGCCUACGCGGCGAGUGGUACCAGCUGGACGCCUGUAGCGAUGUGGCCAAUCCCUCGCACGCUAUUUUCGUCGCCCGCAUGUUUAACCUGCCCUUAAAGCAGGCUGGAGACCUCAAUCCUGCAGGGGUCGAGGUGGAUCAACUGUACCUUGCGCUAUCAGUGCUUUUCGCCUACGUCUUCCUCGACGGAGACACCGCCAGCUCAUUCAAACUGAGGGAAUCUGCCAAAGAUGCAACUGAUCAGUUGGCAAAAUUAGUGAAACUCGUCUCCGAGGUUGCCAAGGUCGGUGGGCUCUUCCACCUUGGCGCGUACUUCCCGAUGAGCACAGCGGGACAGCUCCUUGAAGACUACGGCGGCAGAUUCUUGAAGCGUCUUUUCGAAGGUGGCAAGAGCGUCGAUGAAGUUGUGUGGACCAUCAUCCCCACCGCCGCCGCCGCUUGUGCGACCCAAGCACAACAUUUCACGCAGAUGCUUGAUAUCUAUCUACAGGAUGAAUACUACACUGAACACUGGCCGGAGAUUCAAAGGUGUGCAUGGUCGGACAACCCCGAGGACUUUGAAAAGCUGAAGGGCUACGCACUUGAAGCCAACCGUCUUGCACCCGCGGCUUUUGGUCUGCUACGGGUGGCUGCAGUUGAUGCGGUCGUCGAUGACAAUGGGAACAAGGUUCAAAUCAAGGCCGGCGACCAGAUAUACACUGACUUCAUCACUGCCGGGCUUGAUGAGACUGUGUUCCCCAACCCACACAAGAUUGACCCGACUCGCGAUCGAUCGUUGUACAUCCACCAUGGCUGGGGCCCGCACUCGUGUCUGGGGCGUCCCAUUGCAGAAGUAGCCAUGGCGGCACAACUCAAAGUCUUUGCCAAAUUGAAGAAUCUCAGACGAGCACCAGGCCUUCAAGGACACCUGAAGAAGACCAUACCGGCGCCCAAUCCGACCAGUAGCGACCCGAAGCCGAACCCCGGCAGUGUAGCGGCAUUCAUGCUGGAAGACUGGAGUUCAUGGUACCCGUUCCCAACUACACUCAAAGUUCACCACGAAGGCUUGUUGAGAGACCAAUCGAAAGAACUUGCCGCUGAGACUGGCGCUCCGGGAAUACAGGCAGAAAUCAUUGACAGCGAUAUGGCAAUGAGCAACGGCAUGAACGGAGAUCAUGUGGAAGAUAAUACCGCUUGAGUGUGCACGUAUCGAAUCGCCGCCAUUUGUUGUAUUGAGGUUUCGGACAGAUUGUACUAUCUAUGAUGGAAGGAUUUGGAAUAUCAGCGCGAUUAGGAAGGCAAUCAAGGGGGAAACAUUAACGGUGUAGUAAGUUGGCGAUACUACAGAUAAUCA